UGAAGUCCUGGUCCACAUUAAGUGGCAAUAUGGGGGGAAAACACUAUUCUUACAAAAUGCAUAAUUUUGGCAUGUUUAUUUAAUGUAUAAUGCUUAUAACUUGCCUCAAUCCUGUCAGCCUCUGGCUGAUGAACAAUAAUAUUAGCAAAAUAAUACAAAUAUUACAAUAAAAUUAUGUAAUAAAAUAGCCAAUCAACCUGUAAUUGCAGACUACAAAAAACAAAUUCCUACAAUAUAUGCCCCAAUUAUCGGACUGGAACAAACACUUGCUGGAUUGGAUAGAUUUUACCUGCUUCUGAAAAUGCACGAAGAGUGUUCCAAAAGGUGGGGGAGCACCACGAAGAAGGGCUGCUUCAUUGUUGAUGUCCCGUGUACCUCUCAUGCGGGAAUCUUUAACUAGUCCUCCCUAGAUGUCUGGACUGGAUGGACAGAUUUGAUUUUGGCAAACUGAUGCCUGAUGUAUCCCAGUACUGCACAGACCUCUUUGAUUCACCUCACUUCAUUUGUCAAAUAGUUAGCAGGCCAGUUCAUCCCGAUUGUUUUAUAUAAGGGUAAUAGCAGAAUAUACAUUAGAGAAUUUUUUUAAUUUUCACGUUAAGAUCAGCAGGGCAUUUUUUUUUCCAAAUUAAACUUGGUGCCAGGAACUUUAUUGGAUAUAUUGAAUACUGGAUUGAUAGUCUCUAUAAACUUCACCAUGCACAUGAAAUAUUGUUUUUUAUAAUGGAAAUGUCCUUUAAUCUUAUGAGCUUUAAAGAAGUAGAAUAAUACCUGGAUACCCCACUGAAGCACUGUAAUUCUUAAGGUGCAGGACUAAUGCAAUGCCAUCUGAAAGUGUGGCAGAAAAAGAAAUUUAACCAAUUUUGUUUGCAAGUCCAAACAGAUCCAGAACCUUAUGAGUUUGGAAUUUCUUCCCUACUUUUUUUUCCUAAGAAUUUUCAGAGCCAGUGUUGCAGUCAUGGCAGUAGAGAAUUACAGACUUCACAAUUCAGCCUGAACUUGGAUUAGUCAGAAUCUUCAACUUGACCUACCCAAUGACAUUUUUAUGUGUAAAAAAGCAGGAUGCACCACAUAUGCCAUCUCUGAGCAACUUGAAGGGACAAUAGGAUUAAAAUAUAUGUGAAAUUAAUUACAUUAAACUGGCUAUAUCUAGGUAGCAAAAUCAUCUGGGCUAAGGGAAGUCUUUAGGUUAUACAGCUCAGCAGGUGGUAGUAUCUGGCUAACCAUGUAUGGCUAGAGAAGCUAACCAUGGUCAAACCUGGCUAGUAGGCAGUUGGAUAGGAGACUACCAGAGAGCACCAAGGCUGCUGGCUGGACUGGGAAGUUGAAAAAUACCUUGGAAGGUGACUGGCAAACUGUUGGCAUGCUAUUUCCAAAAAAAUUGCAUUGGUGUGUCCAUGAAGUCACCAGUAAUCAAGCUUGAUUAUAAGAAAGCCUUUUUUUAAACGUUAUGCAGAGACAGGACAAAGAACUGUCAACCCACAAUUAAUUGCCAUCUAGCAAUUUUGGCACACCUUGAGAAAUUCAUUCCCUGAAUUCUCAACUUCAGUUUGAGCUGUGUUACUGAGUCCUGGAGCUUGUUUCAGGUGCCAAUACAAUGCAGUGAAUCUCAGUAAGAGAUACAUUGCCAUUGGAUAUGGAAUCCCUGCGGCUUGUCCUACACAUUCAGUGUCAUACCUUUCUGCAUACCAGCCUCUUCCAAAAGUAUGAACUGCAAUUCCCAGAAUUUGUAGCCAAUAUGUUCUUCAGAACUGGAAGAGCCAAAGCUGGAGAAAGUGGUACUUGUUAAGGGCAGGGCUUCCACAAGAAUCAUCCUGUUGGAUCAGGCCAAGGAUCUACUUCAACAUCAACUCCCAAUUAUAUAAAUCUACUCAUUUAACUUAUAUUUAUUUUUUUAAAGAAGUGCAUCACUUGAAAUCGCCUCUAGAUUUUUUGGUGUUCAAAGCUACUUGCUUUUGAUUUCUGUUUUACACUUCUUGAGAAAACCUCUACAAAAGCAUAAGGAUCAUCUUAACAGCUGCACUGUAAUCUACUUUUAAACUAGCUAUUAGCCACGGGUCAUUUCUUUGUCCCACAGGCUCAAAGAUACUCUAGGGACAAUCUUAAACUUGCAGAAUAUCUAACAGGAAAUCCAAUUUGAAAGUCUGGCUUCAGAUGAUCACUAGAUAAACCCUCCCAACUCCAACCAGCUUUUUCUUCCGCUCUUCCGUUGUUUUGCUUUCCACUCAGCAUGAAGAGUUCUAAAGAAUACGUUUUAACAUCUUGUUGGCCUAAUAGGAUACUGUCCUAAUGUAGGUUUUUAUUUUUCCCCAUUAUAAUCUAAGACGAACGUUCUCGCUUUUUGUAGAAUAGUUACCCACCCUCUUUCGAAAACCUUUCACGGCAGCAGGCCCCGAACCAUUUCGCCAUCUCCUCCCCCACCACCAAUUUAAUGGACUUCCUGUUUAUCGUCUAUGUGUGUGAGAGAGGGGAGGGGGAAAUCUUUCUUCCAUCUGCCACCUCCUCCUUCCUGUUUUACCUUCUCUCCCUCUUGGCGAGUCGAGCACCGGGGCAGCGCUCUGUUAAGGCUCCAGGCGCCUCCUCCCCGACAUGUCCCCUUCCCCAGAGCAGCAUCGCCGCCCUUCCACCUUACUCCGGUGGUUUUAGUGGGGCGCUGGCCCGGCCCUGUCUCCUCUUCGCCCGGCUUUAACUGUGCAAGAGGCACCGCAGCCAGGGUGCUGCCGGGCCCCGCCCCGCCCCGCCCCUGGAGUUGCAAAGCGGCGCAGCAGCUCUCCCAAGGAGGAGGAACUGAGGGAAAAGCAAAUCUCCCCCGUUUGCUCAGGAAGGCGCAGGAUGUUUCACGGAACGCGGGUCGUCCGCACCGACGCCAGCAGUGGGGGCGCUCCCAGUUCUGCUCCGCCGCCUGUUCUCUACGGGUCGGACGCCGGUUUACUCGACAGAGGCUACGCGGGCUCUUGCUCAGCCAUGCUGAAAGUGGCCCAAAUGUUAUUGUUGCUGAUUGGAUUCAUUUGCAUAAGAUCUUCACAGUGGACAGAGUACAGUGCAUACAGCUACUUUGAAAUUGUCUGCAUAUGUGACUUAAUUAUGAUUUUCAUCUUUUACAUUAUCUACAUCUUUAGAGCUUAUCGAAUGCUGACUUGCAUCAGCUGGCCACUUGCAGAGUUUCUCCAUUACCUAAUAGGUACUAUUCUGCUUCUCAUUGCAUCCAUUGUGGCAGCUGCAAAAAGCUUCAAUUCAGCAGGAUUGGUAGCUGGAGCGGUCUUUGGUUUCUUAGCUACAUUUAUGUGCCUCCUAAGCAUAUGGCUCUCUUACAAAGUCUCUUGUAACACUCAGUCAGCAGAUGCUGCCAUGUGAGUCUUCUGCUACUUCAAGAUGUGCACACCUAUUGAGAAGAGAGCUAGCCAAAACACGCAAGAUGGAACUGUAUACUGGUGAAAUAGAAUAGCCUGACCUCAGCAGCUCUGAAAAACUUUUUUUAUUGGGCACGAGAGUGCCAUCUUCUGGCACUUCUCACCUACUUCUUUGUGUGACUCGUGCUGCUGCAGCCUGUUUCAUCUGCUCAUAUUUCUUGGGUCCCACGAGACAAGAACGGCUGCAGUAAGAUAUCCUGCGGGAGGAAAAGGGUCAUUCCUUUAAACAAGGAGAAGCUAUCUUCUUGUAAUUCUAAGUGCCAAUAUCUAAGACUACAUUUCUUGGACUAUACACCAGUUCCUCAUGACUCAAAGCACUUAAGAGAAUCCAAAUUAAGAUUCAAAAUGGAAAAUCUAUUCUGCAUCAAUCCAGCUAUGACUAGCAAACGUUGCAAAAAUUCACCAUGAACCACAACCGUUGUUGCAUCUGAGAAAUCUUUUUCUUACCCUCUGCAUUUCCUGGCUCUUGGUCCUAGCUCUUAAAAUAGGCAUCUUGUUUUGUCUACUAUGAAUAUGACUGUGCUUUUUAUGCUAAAUAAUACUGUUUAUGAUGGUUACACCCCAACUUUUGGAUUGUGCUGCCCAUAGUUAGUAUGAAUUUCUUCCUUGGUGCCAAAUUUUAAAUGUUCAACCAGACAUUUUAAACUUUACAUAUUUUUGAUUUGUUUGGUUAGUUUUUAUUUCUCUUACCAUGUAUUUUUAUUAUAUUUUUAUAACUAUAUGCAAAUUGCCAUAAGAUCCAUUGAGAAUGAAGAAUGUUUAUAAAAAAAAUCC